ACUAGUGGGGCGAAAAUUAAUUAAGAAAACGAUCGCCCAAAUCGCGGAUCGUUAGUUUAUAUUCGAUAACAUGUUGGUGCGGUGGGUUUUUAUUGUCCUCCUUUAUGCACAAGCUGAUUUCAAAUGUGUCCCAAAUAAGAUAAAAAUCUGGUCGCCCAUCAAGUGCGAGGCCGGCAGACGUUUUUUUGCGAAACUGGGCGGAAUGCCCGAAUUUGGGAGCCAAAUUUCGCAGCCGUAUUUGUACCCCUGGCUGGCUGAAAUCAAGGUCUCGAACUUGGGCCGGGUCCGUCCCUGUUCGGGGGCGUUGAUUAACGAUAAAUAUGUUUUAACUUCGCAGAGUUGCGUUUCAGCCCCAGUUCAAGCAAAUCAAAUAAAUGUUCAUCUCGGGUUCUAUAAUGGGUAUAAGCAGGACGUGUCGGAGAUUUUCCAGCCAAGGGUUUUCAAAAGUGGGGUCAGCGAAAUUAUCAGGCAUUUUUACUACGAUCCCAAUAAUAUCAGAACGGCGGAAAAUAAUUUAGCGUUGCUCAAAUUGAAUAAAGAUGUCAAGUAUAGUAAAACCAUUUAUCCGAUCCAAUUACCGGCACCUGGCGACAAGUUCAACAAAUAUUCAAAGACUCUUGGAGAAAACGUCGAGUGGUCAUUUUUUUCAACCAAUAAUAAGAAAAUAAAAGACAUUGAAACAAAAAUAUUGGACGUGGAACAAUGUAGACAAUUUAAUCCCAAUUAUCAUCAAAUUGGAAGUGGAGUUGUUUGUGGUAUCGGUGAUAAUGGCUCUAAACCAUGUGGGGCGGAAAUUGGGGGCUUACUCAGUGUUACAAAACCGAAAAAAAUGUAUAAUGUCUCUGUUUUAAUAGGUAUAACAGCGUGGGAACCCCCGGCUGCAAACCCUUGCCAGAGUCAUUUACCUCGAGUUUACGUCCGCAUAGACAACAAACUCGCCUGGAUCAAAGAAAACACACGCGAUGGUUCUUAUUGUCGUUACUAAUAAAACACCAAUAGAUAUGAAAAAAUUUAUUAAAUAACGAAUAAAUUAAUACAAUCAGGAAA